UGCCGUUAUGAUGGCCAUUUCUCGUUCUUUUUCGGCAUCGCAUCAGCAGCCUACGGGGUAACUAGCAGGAAUCAACGAAACUGCUGGAAUCUCUCCCUCUCUCCCCGAAGUCUUUACCUCGUUAGUAUCGGUUCGACUUCCUGGAACUCUCGCCCUAUUAAAGCUGCGGAACCGCUGUUCUCUUAUCUUUCUCUCUCCCGUUUCUUCCUCAUUUGCCCCCAAAAGCAAUCCUCCCCUCCCCCCAGUGUAGAUCUAUAUGAACACACACGUCACCCUCACACCAUAUCGCACAGCAAAAGACCAUCACGAGCCAUUGACAUCCACCACACCCUAUAACUCGUGCGUCGGACCCAGAUCAAUAGACCGAUCUAUUCAUUCAAUCGACCACCUCCGAGCUUAAGAUACGAGCUUAUCUCACAACACCACAAUGGCGUCCGCAUCACGAUGCUUCACCCGCGCUCUGCGCACCACAGCUCCCACCCUGCGCAGCACCACAACCCGCUCCGCCCGAUUCGCCAUCCCCCAGCAGACCUUCCGUCAGCAAUCUCGCCGCGGCUAUGCCUCCCAGCCCGAGCAGGCCGACACCUACGAGGGAAACCCCUCCGCCAUGAUGUGGGGAGCGGGUGCAUUGCUGGUUGGUGCCGCCGGAUACGGCCUCUACAACUACAAGCCUGAGCUCUUCGGCAAGGAGGCAAAGGCGAAGGGCAUCUUCCAACCCAGGUUCGAGGACUACCAGAAGGUCUAUGAUGCCGUGGCGAAGAAGCUCGCGGACGAGGAUGACUACGACGAUGGCAGCUACGGACCCGUCCUGCUGCGUCUGGCAUGGCAUGCCUCUGGAACCUACGAUGCUGCAACUGGCACUGGAGGUUCCAACGGUGCAACCAUGAGAUUCGCACCCGAGAGCGACCACGGCGCCAACGCUGGUCUCAAGGCCGCGCGUGACUUCCUCGAGCCCAUCAAGCAGCAAUUCCCCUGGAUCACCUACUCCGACCUCUGGAUCCUCUCCGGCGUCGCCGCCGUGCAAGAGAUGCAGGGUCCCAAGAUCCCCUUCCGCCCCGGCCGACAGGACCGCGACGUCUCGUUCUGCACGCCCGACGGCCGCCUCCCCGACGCCUCCAAGGAGCAGAACCACAUCCGCGCCAUCUUCGGCCGCAUGGGCUUCGACGACCGGGAGAUGGUCGCCCUGUCCGGCGCCCACGCCCUCGGCCGCUGCCACUCCGACCGCUCUGGCUUCGACGGCCCCUGGACCUUCUCACCUACCACCCUCACUAACGACUACUACAAGCUCUUGCUCGACGAGAAGUGGGCCUGGAAGAAGUGGAACGGCCCCAAGCAGUUCGAGGACGUCAAGACCAAGUCGCUCAUGAUGUUGCCCACCGACAUGGCGCUCAUCAAGGACAAGGCUUUCAGGGCCCAUGUCGAGCGCUACGCCAAGGACAACGACGCUUUCUUCAAGGAGUUCUCCGAUGCCGUGUUGAGGCUCUUCGAGCUCGGCGUGCCGUUCGUCGCCGCCGAGGACCAGAGGUGGACGUUCAAGAGCUCGUUCGAUUAAGCGUUGUGCAGUGUGCGUGGGUGUAAUGUGCGAUGGGGACGUUUGAUUAGAGAUAGACGAGCAUUUUCUCCCGUGGUGGCAAGUGUCUCCGGGGAGGAGAGAACGUAGAUACCCGACUAGACCAACUAGAUGAUCCACUUAGAUGCUGCAUAUAUGCAUGUAUAGAUGGAGGAGAUGUUUCGUGGCAUAGAAGCACUUUUGCGGUCACGUUUUGUGGCGAUUUCUAUUGUAGUUGUAGUAGUAUAUGAUUAUACAUUUCAGAACCCGU